CUUUGAUCCUUCCCUUCUCCCUCUCAUCUUCACGAUAGCUUGACUUUUGUGUGGCGCUGAGAAACAUGGCGGUCCCGUCCACGUACGACGAGGUGAAACUUCAUCUCCAACAAGUUCAACGCGACCCCACCAUCAGUCUAGACCAGGACCUGUUGGACAAGCUGAAAAUAGAGCUUACGGAGACGACGGAUCGCAGGGUUCCUGCAACACUCCUGGCAGAGAUCGCUCACUUACUUCCCGUUCUUCAGGAGGAUCCGGAGCCGGUUACAAAGCUGGGUAUCAAGGCCAGCACGUAUUUUAGCUUCUCGGACCUCCGCUCCCUCGACCCACCGAUCAACUUUAUCGCGGGGUUCAAGGCCCCGUCGCCCCCGAUCAACCUGUUAGUGCUAUCGCUGUUGAGGAAAGCAGAGCGGCUUCCUAGCGAUACGGCCAUAGUUUCUGGUGAUUCGGAGCUGGUGGUGUCACUGGUGGAGCUCUGGUUGACGACCGAUUCAACGGCCGUUGCGCAGGCUGCUUUGGAUACCAUAUGGGCAUUGUUGGAGGUCGAUCUGGCAAACUCGGUCGAGAACGGUGGCCAUGAUCAAUCUAACGAUGAGAGGGGUAACGGUCUCAUGUGGCGGAGGAUGUUCACAGAUAAAGACGUCUAUGGACGCUUCUUCUCCUUGUGUAGCCUCGCGGGCAAUGCGAAACGCGAGACGACGUUGGCCCAAGGGCGGCUGAUGGCCUUCUUGGUGAAAGUAGGCCGGAUACGGUGGGAUGUGAUCUCAACCUCGCAGGUGCCCGAAGUCGAAGCGAAGUACAAGUGUGAAAGUCUCCUGCAAUUUGCGGCUCGCGAGAUGGUGGACAAGAGUGAUGUUUUGAUGCAUAUGACCUUGCUAAACUUCUUCCAUGAUCUCCUCGAGAUCGAUGCUCCGGGUUUGACGAUUCGGACUUUCGUACACUCGGCCUCCACAUUUUCCUCCCCGGCUCUCGAUUUCUUGAUCGCGCACAACGUGCAUUCGUCGUUGCUGAACUGCUACCUGGAUGAGUCAAAAUUGGAUCCCGUGGAUCUGGCGUACCUGCCGGGGCCGAUCAUGGCUUAUGUGGCCCAGUACGCGGAUUUAUAUCCUAACCACUUUCUGAAGAACCCCAAGAGUUUAUUAGAUCAGAUAAUAUCGCGAAUCUCCGCGUCUCUGGCCAUCUCGUCCUCCCAAUGGGCCCAUGGGCCAGCCCCGAGCGGUCAGCUUAACGUCCUGUCUUGCAUCCCUCGUGUUCUAUUGAUAGAGGCCAGUAAGGACGGCCGCAACCCCGUUACGUCGCUCCCUGUCCGUCCACCGAACAAGGAGGUCAUCGAUACUCUGGCCAAGAUCUUGCACGGACCACCGAAGCCGGAGGGAGCGGAUACGAUGAAGCUCAACAUGUUUGGCCAGGCGCCCACGGACUGGCAUAAAGAAGCCGCGAGCGCGCGCGUGUUGUACUACAUGUAUCUGAAUAGCCGACCUGACUUAUGGGCUGACAUUGUCGCCCCGGCUGACACAGUGGCCAUGAAAGAUGUUUCUUUGGCAGCCAUUUCCUUCAUGAAAGCCAUCGUGACCGCCAAUUGGCACGACUUGACUCCCGAGGUGACGGCAUCGGGCUCGGACACGUCGCGGUACCAGCUCCCCUCCGAGGAAUCUCUGGGUAGCACAUCACCCGCGAUGCAGGGGGCACUCCCAUCCACGGGUGCCUGGGCCGUUCUUACUCCUCCCGCGCUGACCACCUUGCUCCCCUAUCUGUUCAAGCCACCGCGCUCGUACGCCGAGUUCGUGGGCGGCGGGGCUGGGGAUUCUCAAAACGCUGUCUGGAAGAUUGCCACCGCCAAAUAUGACGUCUUAGCCGCGUUACACGGCCGCCUACAAGAAAUAGGAGGAGAAAUGGCCGGAUUUGAGGAUAUUGUUCGGACCCUCGGCCAACGGGUGAACGAUGGGCCAUGGGGACCUGUGUCACAGACCGAAACGCGGGUUGAAGCCAUGGGAAUGUGAGCACACCAG